AUGAUAGAACUUGUUGAUGCCAUUGCUAAAUGUUCGACGUCGGAAGAAAUCGGGCGGCUAGCGUCGGCAGUGGCCCGACUCACGGCGGAAACGGGCGCCAAAGUGGGCCUGUGGCCGCCGUACGACCAGCGGCGGGCCCGGGAGAAGCUCGAUGAGUUAGCUACUACAGUCGAACAUAAGCGACGGGAAAUUGAGCCGCUGAGGUUUAGGUUUAUUGGUGACCCCGAACCACCCCUGACUAAGCCGAGAACUAUGGUCAAUGUGGAAAUGACACCGCUCGCCGGGGUCGGUCACGUGAUCACAGACAUCACCAAUAAUGACCAAGGUCGUACGGUUCUGGCGCCGCAGGAGCAUGUGUGGAUCCGGCAAGUGACCGGCUCACGUGUUGACGUCAGCGCUGCCCUGCUCCACGUAAACGAUGCCGAAUCAGCCAUAUUCCGGCUUAGUGUGGCGGGUCCCAGCGCCCUCCACCAUUUGACAAAAUGUGUGGUGAUAAUCAACCACUCCCACCAGCUACGCCUCCACCACCUUAACCAAGUGGUGGUGGUGGUUGCCGAUGGAAAACUACGCACGUUAACCAUGGAAAAGUGCCGUGAAGUGUACGUCGCCACCUCCGAUAGCCGAAAUGUGUCUGUGGACGAUUUCGACUGGCCUCGCCGUGACGCCCCUGACCCGCAUUGGCACCAUGUUAGUGAUGCCAAGCUCGUCACAAUAAACACGGUUUUGGAAAAUACGGAGUUGGCUGUGACCGAUUGCAUUGAGUCCGUACUAGGCUUAGUAACAGGUCACAGUGAUCUAUCACCGUGA